UUAAUUAUUUAAUUCUCUAUUUAUCAGUAGCAUAAACGCUACUAACAAUGACAAAUUAAAAUAAAAAAGAACCAAAUAAAUAUUGCAGCACGCCAGUGUAGUGCGUAUAUCAUACUCUGUUCGAUUUCUUGAAUUUACAUUGUGAAUGAUGAGCGAGAUUGAAACUCAGAAGGAAAACAUAAUGGAAGUUAAGAAAGAUGCGUCAUAUAAUGAGAGCAAAGAUAGCAAUAACAAACAAAGUAUAAACGCAACACCUGAUAAUCUUGAAGAAGAAAUGCUAAAUUAUGUAGCUAGUAGUACAGCAAUUUUCAAAAGUCAACAAAAGGAAGAAGCUGAAUUGACAUUUGAAGAGAAAUGUGUCAUAGCUAAGAAACUAUUGGAAAAGAAUCAUUGCUUGUUCUUGUCUAAGUUCGGGCAUUAUCUAAAGGAAGAACAUUUAGAAUAUUUUAGCAAAAACAAAGAUUAUGAGAUAACCUUUCAUAUAAACAGGUUACGGAGAUAUUUUAAUAAUUUAACACGGCAUGUUGAUGUUAGGAAUAGAAGGUAUGAAGCUAUGAAGAUACUGAUAGAGAAGGGCGAGUACUUUAGUGAAUGUGAAAUGAUGAAAAGAAACCCCUUAUUAUAUGAGCAUUUAGUAGGACAAUAUUUGACAGAGGCCGAGAAGAAAGCUAGAGACAGUAUUGACACACACAAUAUAAAUUAUGUGGAUAUACUUAUGGAAACUAUUGAGAGAGAUAAACUGCAAAAAUAUCUGAAAUGUCAACAAAAGGAAGAGGAUAGUGUUCGAGAGGAGAAUGAUUCUGAUGAUGACAAUGAUGAUAAUGAUAAUGAUGGGAGUGUCACAUCCAAGACUAGCAGUUUUAAUGAACAGACUCGUUUUCAUUGGGGUGCAUGCUUAAAUGAAACAAUAGAUGACGAUGAUAAGAACAAAGAUAAGAUAUUACAAAAUAGUAAAAUACAACACAAGAUAUCAAAUGAAGAAAUACAAUUAUUUAGACAAGAAUUUCUUACAAACAUGUAUCAAAGUUUCCUGGAUGGUAACGAUAGAAAUUUUGACUAUAGCACUGUGGAUGACAAUGAGGUUUAUGAUAAUAUUAAAUUGAGAAAUCAAGAUGAGGAAGAAAAAUACUUUGAUUCUGAAUCCCCUAAAACUGUACUUUCACAUAAUGAGAGUAGUGACCGUAGCGAAUCUGAAGAUGAGCUGGAUGCAUAUAUGAAAACAUUAAAGGAACAGACUCCUACAAAUCCACAUUCGUUGGAUAAUCUGACAUAGCACUGUAUAUAUUGGGUUACAAUAAAUUUAUUUGUAUA